CUUUUUUAUGCUGUCUACAUUUUUUACAAAAAGCACCUAUUGCAAUUAUAAUGAAAACUCUUUGAAUUAAUAAAUUGCUGGCACAAAUUCAGUGUUCAAUUUUGAUAUAUGCUGUUCUAAUCACUGUGAGUUUACUCAAGUGCAGAAGGUCUGUGUCGUUGGAAAACACAGCCUUCAGAGAGAAAUUAUGAGCGGACGCACAACUGGGUGCAAGACAGGAGGAAAUACAUAGAGGUCCCCAAUGAGCACAAGCCAUUCCUCAUGGCUUGACUUGAACCUGGCCAUCACGGCCUCACAGAGCGCUGCAGUCAGCUCUGUAAGUUCACAGCCAGGCCCAGAGAAAGGCCGGGGAGUUUUAGUAUCUCCCCUUCCCCCAGAAAAGGUUCUUUUCCCUUUUCAAAUACUUGAGAUAGAAAAUUUGUGGUAGAAAAGAACUUGAACUAGAAGGAAAGAAGAUUGAACGGUGUGAGAAGCAGGCAAGAAAACUUUCCGGGCCCUCACCAUGCCCACCCUCCCUGCUGAAUCCACCACAGAAUACUUGCAGUACGAUGAGUUUGCGGAAGCCUGUAACAUGGAGGACGUCGUGGCCUUUGGGACUGUCUUCCUGUCCAUAGUUUACUCUCUUGUAUUUGCCUUUGGCCUGGUGGGAAAUUUGCUGGUGGUGUUUGCCCUCAGAAACAGCCAGAAGCCCAAGAGUAUCACCGACAUUUACCUCCUGAACCUGGCCUUGUCCGAUCUGCUCUUUGUAGCCACUUUGCCCUUCUGGACUCACUAUGUGAUAAGUGAACAAGGCUUUCACAACGCUGUGUGCAAACUCACCGCCACCUUCUUCUUCAUCGGCUUUUUUGGAGGCAUAUUCUUCAUCACCACCAUCAGCAUUGAUAGGUACCUGGCCAUUGUCCUGGCCGCCAGCUCCAUGAACAACCGGACCGUGCAGCAUGGCGUCACCAUCAGCCUGGGCAUCUGGGCAGCAGCCAUCUUGGUGGCAGCACCCCAGUUCAUGUUCACAAAAAGCAAAGAAAAUGAAUGCCUCGGGGACUACCCCGAGGUCCUGCAAGACAUCUGGCCCGUGCUCCGCAACGUAGAAAUAAAUGUUCUUGGCUUCCUGCUCCCCCUGCUCCUUAUGAGUUACUGUUACUUCAAAAUCAUGCGGACACUGUUUUCCUGCAAGAACCACAAGAAAGCUAGAGCCAUUAAACUGAUCUUUCUGGUGGUCAUCGUGUUUUUCCUCUUCUGGACACCCUACAACAUUAUGAUUUUCUUAGAGACACUCAAUCUCUACAACUUCUUUCCCAAUUGUGACAUGAAGAGGGAUCUGAAACGGGCCCUCAGUGUGACCGAGACAAUAGCAUUUAUCCACUGUUGCCUCAAUCCCCUUAUCUAUGCCUUUGCUGGAGAGAAGUUCAGAAGAUACCUUUACCACCUGUAUAGGAAAUUCCUGGCUGUCCUGUGUUGUCGUCCCGUCCACGCCAGUUUCUCCCAGUCUGAAUCACAAACGAGCAAGCGGGAAAGCAUUCUGAGCAGCAAUUUUACCCACUACACCAGUGAUGGAGAUGCGUCCAUCUUUCUCUGAAGGGAUCCCCAAAACCUUGUCCCAAUAGAGAGCCUGGAGUUCCCAAGUCUGACAGAGAACAAUGAGGACAGAUUUUGUUGUUUCUUACAUGCAAGAAAUGAUGGACCCAAUGCCCAAAAAACAACCCUAAAGUGUUUUUGAGAAUUGUGCUCAAAAUUUGAAUGAUAAAGGGUAGGCAUAUUUCUUAUUGCAAAUAUCAGGACUUUUUUGUUUACAAAUGACAAAAUUCAACUCAUUAGCUUAGCUAAAAAGGAGGUGGUGAGUGUUGUUCACACAGCAGCAUGGACAAGCGGGUGGCUGUGCCCUCAGAGUGCAUGGAAACCAGGGCUUGAAUCUAGCCAGAAUUUCCUCUUUCUGACUCUCAAAUCUCCAGGGGUAACAGAGCUCCCAUAUUCGCAUAACACAACUUUGUUAUCAAAGAGAGACUGAGACCCAUUUCUCUAGGGUCUCAAGGUCAAAAUUCCCAGGGAAGGGCUCUGAUUGGCUGAGUUUGUAUCAGAUGACCAUCCCUGGACCAAGUGGUGGUAUCCACAGGCAAGGGAUAGUAAGACGGCAGCUUCCAUUCCAAUCUCAUGGGUAGAGGUGCAGGAAGACGUAUUUCCAAGAAGCUGGAGGGGUGGGUGCUGUGUUGAUCAGAGAGGACAAGAGCUGCCCACCAACUUCACCAUGUGUCUGGCUCAGCCUGCCCCUGAUUGUACCAGCCAGCACUCACUGCCAGCCUCCUCUUCAUUAAACCCCCUUCUGCCAUGACCCCAAACCUACAAAGGUUCCCCAUCAAGCCCAAACUCAAAUGCCUGGCCUCUGAGACCCUCCACCAUGUGGUCCCACUAACAGAUUCCCAAUUGCCUCUCCUUCCCAAAGGACUCUACCUACCCUGUCAGUCAGGUUUCUCCCAUCCAACUCCGUGCAUCUCCACCUCCUCCCAAACCCAGAGGGAGAAAUAGAAAGAAUCCUGGCCCAAACUGAGAAGUGAUGGUUUCUAAUCUCAACUCCAUCUACUGGGUAGCUUAGGGCCAACUUAGCUUCAGUUUCCUCAUUUGUAGAAUGGAGAUAAUGGUACUUUUCACAUACGGAGUAUUCUUUCCAGCGUGAAGAACCAGGCACCAACUCUUGCAGGUCCCAAACCUCUUGUCUGCUUCCCAGACUUCAGCUUUCCCCUGACCUGGCACCAUGCUUAAGCAGUAGUGUUGACAGAGCUUGGAGGAGCCUGCAGGCUCUGCUGCAUGAUAUAGCCCAGAUACAGAAGGGGCUGGUCCCUACAGUGGCACUCAAUGGACACUCCUGGAUGUACAGAUUGAUAACCUUCCCUGACCCAACCCUCCCAGGCUGCCUUGAACAUUCCUUCCUAAUCCCCUCAUGGCAAGACUCUGCCCAUCUGGAGAGAACCCCCAACAUUCAUGCCACAGCCAGCCUGGAGAACCAGGGUCACAAGAGCAGCUUUCUUUUUUCAGUAAACAUUUGGGAUGCUCUAAAACUUUAAAGCUUGAAGAUCAACUGUAAUAAUGCUAAAGAAAAUGUCAUCUCUAACCUAACUACACAAUAUUUUCAUCUGCCCAUCCAGACCCUGUUCAUACCCUCACAUGUUUAGAGUUGCAGUCAUAAUGUACAGUUUUAUAACCUGCUUUUUUCCUCUUAACAUUAGGCCACAAAUAGCUAUCCUUUUCUAUAGAGUUUUGUAAUGGUCAUUUCAGAAGACUUUGCCAGGUUGUGUAUUCAUUGAAGGCAUCUGACUCUGCUGUAUGUCUGAUACCUCCUUGGCAGUCAGUAUAUUUGUUUAAUCAAUGAGAGAAUAAAUCAUGUUCCAUCAAGAUCAUAUACUGUAGGUUGCUCAUCAUUAUGCUAUUGACAAAUGUUUCACUUGUUCCAACUAUUUAGCAAAUACAUAUUUUAAAGUACU